GCGGCCCCUGCGUUCUGACGCGCGACAGAGGCAAAACGAACCCUGCCUUUUUCUGGAAGCCCAUUUUUUUAAGUCCGCUCUCUUCCGUGCUGGAAAUGGCGCGAGGCCUGAUAUGGGCAACGGCCGAGGAUAUGGCGAGGAACCGAGGACGGGUUCUGUCACUCUACAGGCAGCUCUUGCGGAGCCUCAACUCCCCCGAACUCCCUCUAAACCUAGCCGCACGUUUGGCGAAGAAAGCGGAGGUCCGUACCAUCUUCAUGCUCGGGUCCGAUGAACGAUCUCUCCACAACAUCGCCGAUCUAAUCGACGCCGCGGAGUACUCUCUCUCCCUUCUAAGGAAAGGCGAAAUUCCCAAAUACAUACAGUGAGAUUCUUCUCCCUCCUUCGAUAAUCAGCUAUCAGAUCAGUUUUUUGUGCUGCAUUGAAAGGGCCUACUGAAGCUAAGCUAACAGUCAGGUACGAGAAACUCCCUAUCAACUUACUAGUAACUCGAGGACAAGAAAGGCAACUAUCUGAUGAAAUGAGAGGUGAUCAUUUUGGUAUUGCCAAUCUUCAAUUUUUUACUAAAAAGUUUGACUGUUAUCAUUCCAAAUGCCUGUAAUCUAGCUGCUUCCAUAUCAAACUGGGAGAUGUUAUCUAGUAAACUAGUAUUAUGUUUUUCA